UCUCCUAUGUUUUUCUUAUUAUUUAUGUAUUUUAAAAUAAAACUAAAGGUGCCAACUUAAUGUGUGUGUGCAAGUGAAUCAAAGAAGUCAUAUAUAAAAAAUAUAUGACUUCCUAGUUCCACCUCUCCUUAAUCUUCUUUUCAUAUCUCCUAUAUAAAUACCUCAUUUUCCUACACACUUCCUCCGGUUCCACAUCAUCUUCUCUAUAUAUCUACUCUCCAUAUUUAAUCUUCUUCUUCUACACACACACACACGCAAUCACAUGUAUGUGCAUGUGAAGUAGUACUUAGAUCAAUUUUUCAAAUAAAAAAAGUAGUACUUCGAUCAAUAUCGUUAUCAAUGAAUUUACCACCGGGAUUCAGAUUCUUUCCCACGGACGAAGAGCUCGUCGUCCACUUCCUCCACCGCAGAGCUUCACUCUUGCCUUGUCAUCCUGACGUCAUCCCUGACCUCGACCUUUACCCUUACGAUCCCUGGGACCUUCCCGGGAAAGCUUUAGGAGAAGGGAGGCAAUGGUACUUCUACAGUAGAAAGACACAAGAAAGAGUGACAAGCAAUGGGUAUUGGGAAUCAAUGGGAAUAGACGAGCCAGUCUUCACAAGCUCCACACACAAGAAAGUGGGCAUCAAAAAGUAUUUAACUUUCUAUCUUGGGGAUUCUCAGACUAACUGGGUCAUGCAAGAAUACUCCCUCCCUGAUUCCUCUUCUUCAGCUGGUCGAUCUUCUAAGAGAUCAAGCCGUGGUUCAACUAGUUCUAGUCAUAAACCCGAUUAUAGCAAGUGGGUGAUAUGCAGAGUGUAUGAACAAAAUUCCAGUGAAGAAGAGGAUGAUGAUGGGGCAGAACUCUCAUGUUUGGAUGAAGUGUUUUUGUCUUUAGAUGAUCUUGACGAAGUAAGCUUACCGUAAUGAGGACAGAAGCACCCAAAAAGAAAAGGUUUAGUGGGCAAUUAUUUCUAAAAUUUUUGUAUCAAAAGUAAAAAAAUGGAAAAGAAGAAUGAGGAUGACAUCAUUCUUACAAGUUAUGUGUUGUGAGAUUAGCAAUCCCAAUUUGCAAGCAAGAAGCAAAACAAAAGGGAAGAAGCUAUAGUCUUGUUGUAUUUUUUUUUUAUAAUUCAAAUAUAUGCACACUUUAAUACUGAA